AACAAUUACUAUUUUACUGACUGUCUAGCGCCACCGUCUGACUGGCUUAUAUAUUGCCUUUCUCCUGUCUUCGUUAUGCGAACGCCGUCUCUCUAGUUUACGUUUCAGUAUAGGUUCUUGCAUGGUUCUGUUAGCAUCGCAAUUUAGCGUAACUGUUUAAGAUUUAGUUAUUAUGUGUUCAGCUAUUAACAAUGUUCUAUUUGUUAGCGACUGAACAUAACUGUUUUUUAAUCUCUCUCUGGUUCUCGCUCGGUCUCUAUCUGACUCUUUGGCAACCUGGCUGAUUUGGCUCUAUUUUGGUUAUUGUUGGAAUCUGGCUAGCGUUCAUGAUUUGCGUUAUCGUCAAUACAUCUGUAUAUAUUCAUCAAGUGGAGAGCAUUAAUUAAGUUAUAGACAUCAGUCGCUUAUUCCUUAUACGGCUAAAACUGCAGCCGCUUUCGAGCUAAACCCUAGCUCCUACAACCGGCAUUAUUUUUAAUAUUAGCAAUAGUGACCCAUGUCUGAUUUUUUCCUGUACAUAUCUUAGUUUCUCUGUCGAAACUAAUUGUUUGGAACAAAACCUAACUGGGAAAUUUUUACUACGGGCAUCUUAUUAAUGUCUUUAUUUAGCCAUUGAAAAAUUAUGUAUUAGUUUACCUCCACAUUUUAGCACAAUAGUAACCGCGCACUUUAUUGGACAGUGAGAACACUGCCGAAUAAUGAUGUAACUUUUGUUUUCAUCUAUCAUUAAAUAGGUAGCCGGAAAAAAAGUCCCGUACUUGUUUGAGUCCCUAGCCAUGUUUACAAACCGCUAUGAAGAGGUAAUGGUAAAACUUGGAAGAGAAUAGAAUUAGCAGGAAAACGACAGUGGUUACCAAGCUUCGGGUAAAAACUCCUGGAGUAAAAGUUUUAAAACUUAUGUUUAUGUGAAAGUAAGUAAUCUCUGCGUAGUAAUCGUUUUCUGCGAUAACAGUCCACGCUCUAGUAACGCUUUGAAACAAAGCAGCGGCUGGCACUUGCCAAAAAGGGAGAAAAUCAUUGUAACCCCCAAGCGAGAGACCAAAAACAGUUCCUAUGAGUCCGCUGAGACAAAUGUUUUAUGAGAAAGUAUAAAUGUUAAAAAACUUGGGAAAUGAAGGCAACAGUUUAGACAUAAAACUGUGUUAGUUAGAAAAGGUGACAAAUUGAAGUUACGCUAAAGUAGCCUACGUGUGUGUACCUUACAACUACUUAAAAUGACAAAAUGCUUGCAAACUUGUUCGUCUGUAAAAAAGGUAGCUUUGGUUUAAGUUGAACGAACAUAAAAGCCCGCAGUAGCUGGUGUCAAAAUUCAAUGACUCGCUGUUUCCAGUUCAAGUUCUGACUCCCUGAAGCAGUUUCUCCUGUCACAACGAUGCGCCCCACGCACAAUAACGCUGCAGUAAUAGUUCUCCUUCUAUGCCAGUUUAGCCCAAGUUUCGUGUAUGGGCUCGAUCAAUGCAAUAAUCAAGAUUGCAAAGUGUGUUUGAAGGAAAACAGCUCAAAACCAGCAGUUUCAUACAUUCAACGGUUGUUGCGGAGUUAUAUAGAAGCAAAUCAAAUAAUAUUUGAUGACCCGCUGAAUUGGAGAUAUAACCAACACACAGUGAUAGAAGCUCGACAUAUUUAUAUCUCAAUCAUUUUCAUGAAUGCUAAUACUGGAACACGUUCGGAUAACUUGUUGCUGUUUGACUGCUGUAAUAUUCCUCUUAUGGACAAAGGAUGCGUGUCAGAUGUAUUUGAUCCGAUGUUACAUCCGUUCGACUUUGACGUCUACAUUCGAAUCUCUUUGUACAGGGAAAGCAUAAACAUGAGAAAAAUAGCAAUACCGGAGCCGCCUGGGGGCGAUGAGACUGUAAACUUGGAUGACUACGGUAGUGGGAAAGACCGUGUUGGGCUUAAUAUACCAAUACAACCAUAUGGAAGCGAAGAUGCUUAUGAAUAUUAUGAAGAAUAUGAAUUACCCGUUCCUGAACCUACAUUAUCGCCGGACUCGACCGUCAUGCGGUGGUUAGAUUACACAAGAGUUGAGACUGCGAGUAAAUAUUCUUACGUCUGUGUUUUCCAUGCACCUAAGGAAACCGUGACAAGCAUAAACGUGGCUAAAAGAAGUCCUUUGGAAUCCGUAUUAUUUAAUCGAGGUGUUUACAAAAUGGCCGGCUUUACUUACGCAAACGACCAAGUCAUAAAUACCUACGAGUCGAAGGCAAUAGAAUGUGAAAGCAAAAGUUUCACCGGAAUCGCUAUCUACAAUAUAACUUCGAAAAACCCUGACAACUCUACGUUUACUUGCUUGCUUUUAUGGCUAACUAUGACUGCAAACGACAGCGUCGAAGUAAACUGCAUGCCGCACAACGCUACUUACCCCACUGUAAUUCACAAGCCAAUUGGCGUGGAACCAUUUCCAACGACACUGUUAAUUGUCGUCACGAUCAGUGGCUUUGGGGGUAUUGUACUGGUGCUUCUUAUGAUUUUUAUUAUGUGCCAUUGGAAGAGGAAAUUAGAUACGUUGCUCGAGGAAAACAAAAAUAUCCCAGAAUCUUUGAAACUCGCCUUUCAAGACGAUAAUCUCAAACCGACCGAUGUUUACUCUUCGGAGGAAAUUGUGACACCAUUUCAACUUGAACCAAUUGCGGUUGCAGAGAAAAUGGAGUUUCUCUCUGAUGUCGUCAUCGUUACGUCAUAUCAAAUAAAUGACACCAGAAAAACGAGAAUUCUAUCCGACGACUCAGGUGUUCGAAGUAUGACUUCUUACAUAAUGUCAGGAAGCCGGGAAACUUACAAAACGAACAUCGAGAGAAGAUAUGGUUCGGAAGAUUUCAAAACUUGUUGUUUUGAACCGGAGGUUUUAGAGGAUUCGACGCUGCAGUGUGGAGUGUAUACUAAACCGCGAUACUUCAGGUCAAAUUCUAGGUGAUUUCAUAACAAACGAAGCGGAUAUUUGUAUGCGCCUUAAUAUAGUUUGUCGGCGCUAAGGUAUUGACCUACACUAGUAUCUACAACUCCAAGUUGUGUCAGAUCAUAAGAAGACAAA